GAACAUCGCUACGCAGUGGUGGUGGUGCUUCAUCCGCGUCGUUGUGCCGUCUCAUUUGCUGGUGGACUUGCGGGUGGUUUGGUGUAAAAAUCACAUUUGAUUGUGGCUUCGCUCGGCGCGAUCAGACGGAAAAUUGCAUUGUUGCGCACAAAAAAGACACCGGACUUUGCGUGCAUCGAUGCUCACUCGUAAUCCGGCAGCACUUGAAAAAGCGAGCAGUCACAAUGGAAAUGAAAAUGGAAAUGGAAAUGGAAAUGGAAAUGGAAAUGUCUCGUAAAUCCGAACUUUAAAUGCAAAUUCGUAGUGCCCAGGUCGUCUCGGAGGAACUGUUCCUGUUCCCUGGGAGCCAAUUGUAGAUGUGACUAAGCUCACAUGGAUAUCCGAACUUUUGUCAUGAUCAAAACAAACUAUUUUGAUGUGUCGUGAAGCAGAUAAACGGGAAAUCCUCGAUCCGCACAAUGGGACCUAAUUAGAUGUGACGGGGUGUAAUAUUGUGAAUUUUCGAAAGUGCCAUAAGAUGAUAUAAGUGGGUGCGCAUACAUAAUGAUUUAUAUAUAUUCGUUCUAUUACUAUAUAUGUAUAUAACAUGCAAUCGGCCUAUGAAACAGUCCUUGUUGCACCUAGUCAAAGGAGUACAACUGAGAGAUGUGUAAUCUCGAGCGGACUCUGUAAGGAAAUAGACGACCUUAAAAAAUGGCUCAGUAGACGAUUAGGCUCUUAGAAAUAUGCCUUCACUAUGAUUGCGAAGCGAUAAUAGAAUUGGGGACCGCCGAAAUGCCGAUAUGCCGCCUCCUGAAGAAGAUCAAACGAAUGAGAAGGAACACUCUGACUUGGAGAUGAUUAAACAACUUCAACUAAUAAGAAAUAGAUUACUUAGUCAGACCCAUUACGUUAGCAUGACCGACAUUGAUGCAAGUGCCCAACAGCAACAACACCUCCAGAACGUACAGAGGCUGCAACACGAAAGCUGCCUUCAGGAGUUGCACAACCAGCUGAGCAGCCAGUUUGGGGCAGCCCGAUUUACAGCACCGAACCCCCACCACCAGCAGCAGGCAGUCUCCGUGUCCUCCGGAAGCUUGGUUCCUUUCCUUCCGGCCUUCCUGCAGCCCCCAAUGCCCGCUCAACAGCUGCUGCAGCUCAUUCCCGGCCAUGCGAGUCCCCAGGCCGUGGCCCACCACGGUCACAGUCAAAACGAGCCAUCCGGCGCCCACAAGAUGGCCCUAGCUCCCAUGUGGUCCACUGCGGCCGUGGCGGCUGCGCACAUACAGGCGGCUCUGGCGGCUGCGGCAGUGGCAGCUGCCAAUAACAAUAAGAACAGCACCAGUUUCUCCAGCAACAACAAUGUACUCGUUUCAUCGACCAGUGCCAAUGCUAAUGAGCCCUCGAGCGUUGACCCCUCCGCCUCGCUCCCGCUAGUGGAGAUGGGGGAGAUGGGGGAGAUGAAAAGGGGCGGGAAUGGAGGGGCUUGCUUGUCAAGGCCGGAGUCCCCAGCAUACGAGAACCCAUCUUAUGCAAUACUCUCCUAUAGCCACAACACACCUCCGGAGUCGCCACACGGUCGAACGGCUGAGUGUCCCAAGAACUUUCCACCUUCCCCGACGGACAACCACAGCAUGGCGAGUCUGUCCGAAGCCCAGGACUCCGAGAUGGACGCUCCCCUGAAUCUAACCAAGCCAAAGGGCUCGCCCAGUUCUUCGCCGAACAGCUCUUGUCAGAGGCACCACAGCGAACCAAGCCUCACGCCCGUGGUGUCCAGUCCCCCCCUCAGCUGGCACCAAGGGCAGCAGCAUUACGGCGAGAUAGAGUCGCCUCUUUUGAAGAGUCACGGAAGAGUGUGGAAUACGGCAGCCGUCGGUUCUGGGGGCUCACGGGCAACGCGCAUGAGUCGCGACUCAAUAAAUAGUUGUGGCACGAACUCUGAACGAUCGGCGGCGUUGGACCCGGAAAGUGUCACCACAGAUCAACUGGGUCCGAUUCCUGCGUCGCCAUCAUCACAUCCCCUCAGGCAAGGCAACGGACAUGGACACGGACACGGACAUGGACACGGCCAUGGCCAUGGACACGGACACGGACACGGGCACGGGCACAGCAAGCCGCACAUCAAGAGGCCGAUGAAUGCGUUCAUGGUGUGGGCAAAGGAUGAGCGCAGGAAGAUUUUGAAGGCAUGUCCUGACAUGCACAACUCGAAUAUAUCGAAAAUUCUCGGAGCUCGCUGGAAGGCAAUGUCCAAUGCCGACAAGCAGCCAUACUACGAGGAACAGUCGAGGCUCUCGAAGCUUCACAUGGAACAGCACCCGGACUACCGCUACAGACCACGCCCCAAGCGCACCUGCAUCGUGGACGGCAAAAAGAUGAGGAUUUCCGAGUACAAGGUUCUGAUGCGAAAUCGGCGGGCAGAAAUGAGGCAACUCUGGUGCCGCACAGGCGGCGUCACCGCUGGCUCCGGAAGCGCCUGCGCAGAGACCUGCCCCAAGGGACACUCCGGGGGAUCCAAUGCCCAGGCUGCGGUUGCAGCCGCGGCAGCUGUUUACCACCUGCAGGACAUGGCAUCUGCGGCAGCCGCUACGGCUCACGGCAAUGACUGUGGGCAUCCACCCUCCCAGCAAUUCUUCUAUCCUCCGGAGAGCUUAUCGCCCUCGGGCUUUUCUUCCGACGAACUGGAGCUUGCGUCUCAGCGCGAAAUGGACGACUAGGGUGACGACUAAGAGCAGCCAAGAACGCGAUAGGGGAUAGGGGAUAGGGGCACACUGCACACUGGAAAGACGUGCCAGCUCUGCCCAGAUGAAAGGAAUAACACAAACACAAUCGGCUUUGUAAAUACAAACGGCUAGGAUAGUCACUGUUUGAUUAGCCAUUUAAGUUUCAGUUCAAGUGCCAUUACACGUAUAUAUAAAGAUAAACAUAGUUAAUUUGUGAAACCAUAGUUCGCCAGACACUCGGUCUUGGGAACAUUGCAAUUUUUGUGCCAUUUACGCACCAAUGCUGUAGCAAUAGAAAUAUACCCCAGCUUAGGCGUACACAAAUAUGUAGGUAGUUAGUAUCGUUUAAUAUUUGUAAAAUAUACAAACUUAAAUAGAUCCAUAAAUGUCAAAAUUGUAUGCGUCCAAAUACUCGAACGUAGUUAAAUAGAAGCCACUAAAUUACAUAAGUACAUACAUAAGUAUAUAUACCUACAUAUUCACUUAGUCGUAGAUUUUCAUGAUUAUUUUCGAUAUAGGAUGACUUGUGUGCAUACUUGGUAAACACAUUACUAUGUUGUUAAAAUAAAUUAAUAGUAUUCCUAUACCUGUAGUAAGCCGCUAUUUCAUAUGCCGGUAUGUAAAUGAUGCUGGUAAUAUAUGUAACUUAAAUACAAAAUUUAUAAACAAAAAUUCACAAAAUGUGUUGUAUAUGAAAAAAAUGUCAAAAUGUACAAUCAGUCACAACAUUAUUUCCCGCUAACAUAAUUAAUUUUCAACUUUAACAAUGCAAUCAAAUCAAAAUGCGCAUACUCUGAAAUAUAAAUUUAAAAUUAUUUCAA